AUGUCCAGCACACGUGGUCGGCCACCCAAGCGGAAGGUUCCCGACGUAGACGCCGAGGACCUCGACGCGUCAAACAAGAAGUUCAAGGCCGCGAACGGUGCCAAUGGCUCUGCGAAAGAUGCAUUGCGUGCACCGCACCCCUUCUCUGCCGAAGCCGAAGAGAAUGGCAUCGUACUGCGCAAAUAUUACCCGCCCGAGAUGAGCAAUGCCCGCGCUUUGGCGUACAAUCACGAUGAGAUCCAGCGUCCCAUCCAGACCCUGCGCAAUGCCUGCGAGGAGACCGCGGAGGUGCGCAAGGAGAUCAGGGCCAAGGAUGCCGUGGUGCACUGGUUCAAGAUGGAUCUACGGACCGGUGACAAUCGCGCCUUAUGGCUUGCCAGCCAAAAGGCCCAGGAAGCUGGUGUGCCACUGAUUGGUUUGUAUAUAGUCAGUCCCGAGGAUUUCGAGGCGCACUUGGCAGCUCCGGUGCGUGUUGACUUCACCAUGCGGACGCUCCACGUCCUGAAGAGGGACCUUGCCGCCUUGGACAUACCGCUAUACGUCGAGACGGUCAGUAAACGGAGAGAAAUACCUGAGCGCAUCGUCGAGUUCCUGGAAGAGUGGGGCGUGGGUCACCUGUUUGCCAACAUGGAGUAUGAAGUCGACGAGCUGCGAAGGGAAGCCAAACUCGUCAAGAUGUGCGCGGCAAGGGGCAUCGAUUUGGAGGUUGUUCACGACACUUGUGUCGUACCUCCCGGAGCUCUGACGAGCGGAAGCGGAAAACAGUACUCGGUAUAUUCGCCUUGGUUCCGAGCGUGGGUUGCGCAUGUGCACGCGAACCCAGAUCUGCUCAAUAUAUACGACCCUCCCGCCAAGAACUCGCCUGCACAGCAUGCUAAAGUGGCCCCUCUAUUUGAUUGCGAGAUCCCCGACGUUCCGGAGAACAAGCGUCUCUCUGACGAGGACGCGAAGCGUCUGCAUGCCAUCUGGCCUGCUGGUGAGCACGAGGCAAUGGCAAGGCUGGAAAAGUUCUGUGAGGAGAAGAUCGGGCAGUACCAUAAUCGCAGGAACAUUCCAUCAGAAGUCGGCACAUCAAACAUUAGUGUUCACCUUGCUGCGGGGACUUUAAGUGCGAGGAGUGCAGUGCGCUACGCGCGGGAUAGAAACAAGACGAAAAAACUCGAUGCCGGACUGGAGGGCAUCAAGGCUUGGAUCAGCGAAGUGGCAUGGAGGGACUUCUACAAGCACGUCCUGGUAAACUGGCCAUAUAUAUGCAUGAACAAGCCUUUCAAGCCAGAAUACUCGAAUAUUACGUGGUCGUACAACAAUGCACACUUCGACGCUUGGAAGGAAGGCCGCACAGGGUAUCCCAUUGUGGACGCGGCGAUGCGGCAGGUGAAAUCCAUCGCCUGGAUGCACAAUCGCUGCCGCAUGAUUGUCGCCUCCUUCCUGGCAAAAGACCUCUUGCUCGACUGGCGCAUGGGCGAGAAGUUCUUUAUGGAGAACCUGAUCGAUGGUGAUUUCGCGUCCAACAACGGCGGCUGGGGUUUCAGCGCCUCUGUCGGCGUCGACCCGCAGCCCUACUUCCGGAUAUUUAACCCGUUGCUACAGAGCGAGAAGUUUGAUCCCCAGGGCAAAUACAUCAGGAAGUGGGUGCCUGAACUCAGAGACUGCGACGACAAAGAGAUCCAUGACCCAUACGGCAGGAAGGCCGGCAGCAAGGUUGAGAAAAGGGGGUAUCCCAAGCCAAUUGUCGUGCACAAGGAGAGCAGGGACCGGGCCCUCGCGGUCUAUAAGGAGGGCCUGGGAAGCCGGCUGGGUCAACUGUCAGAGACUACGGGUGUCUGUUGCGUAGUGCAUAUGCAUGCCAAAUUAAGGCUGACAGGCGCAACCUCUGCGGCGUUCUCAAGGUCGAGGGGUGCAUUGGGAACCCUGGUGUUGGCGGCAUCGAAGGCCGAUGCAUCAGCAGAUGAUAGGGCAAGUAAUGGAAGAGGUCCCAAGGCCAUGAAUCAGGUAUCGCAACCUCCGAUAACAUACAUGGAUGCGCUACGGUGCCGUAUUGCUCCCCUGGUCUCCUUCCCCAACUAG